UGAUUUUAUACACAUGUCAGCAACGGGUGUGUCUGAAAUAGCCGAAUCCACUAAUUUGAAGGGUGUCCACAUACUUUUGUGUAUAUAGUGUAGUUUGACUUCACUUCAAAACAUACUACUGUUUUUUGUUAGUGUGAUGAUAUUGAAAUGAUGAGUCGACGUUUCUCGUUUCCCAUGUUAGUAUAGUAUACCUAUUAAAAGUCAUAGUCAGUUAUCAUCUUCCUCGGCCUCCCAAACCUCAUCUUUUAUGGAGAAAUCGAUGGUUGCCACAGAAGGACUCCUCUUCAACACUUCUAUUUUCUUCCUCUUCUUUCCCCCUCCAUCACUUGUCAUCCUGCUUUUUUGUCUUUUUCGUUUGCGCGUUCACUCUUUUCACCCUGCAGGUAUUCAGUCCAUCUGGUGGACAUCUCCUUCCCCCUGCAGGUAUUCAGUCCAUCUGGUGGACAUCUCCUUCCCCCUGCAGGUAUUCAGUCCAUCUGGUGGACAUCUCCUUCCCCCUGCAGGUAUUCAGUCCAUCUGGUGGACAUCUCCUUCCCCCUGCAGGUAUUCAGUCCAUCUGGUGGACAUCUCCUUCCCCCUGCAGGUAUUCAGUCCAUCUGGUGGACAUCUCCUUCCCCCUGCAGGUAUUCAGUCCAUCUGGUGGACAUCCCCUUCCCCCUGCAGGUAUUCAGUCCAUCUGGUGGACAUCUCCUUCCCCCUGCAGGUAUUCAGUCCAUCUGGUGGACAUCUCCUUCCCCCUGCAGGUAUUCAGUCCAUCUGGUGGACAUCUCCUUCCCCCUGCAGGUAUUCAGUCCAUCUGAUGGACAUCUCCUUCCCCCUGCAGGUAUUCAGUCCAUCUGGUGGACAUCUCCUUCCCCCUGCAGGUAUUCAGUCCAUCUGGUGGACAUCUCCUUCCCCCUGCAGGUAUUCAGUCCAUCUGGUGGACAUCUCCUUCCCCCUGCAGGUAUUCAGUCCAUCUGAUGGACAUCCCCUUCCCCCUGCAGGUAUUCAGUCCAUCUGGUGGACAUCUCCUUCCCCCUGCAGGUAUUCAGUCCAUCUGGUGGACAUAUCCUUCCCCCUGCAGGUAUUCAGUCCAUCUGGUGGACAUAUCCUUCCCCCUGCAGGUAUUCAGUCCAUCUGGUGGACAUCUCCUUCCCCCUGCAGGUAUUCAGUCCAUCUGGUGGACAUCUCCUUCCCCCUGCAGGUAUUCAGUCCAUCUGGUGGACAUCUCCUUCCCCCGGCAGGUAUUCAGUCCAUCUGGUGGACAUCUCUUUUUUGCUUCUUCUUUUCUUCUUCUUUUCUUCUUACUUGUGUUUUUCUUCCAUCAGUUCUCAAGGACCCUUUUUGUUGACUGGUCAGAUAAAAAUGAUUUUCCCUGGCUCAGGCUCCAUGAUCUGGUGGUGUAGGCACGUGAACGCGACCAGGGUUUGAUUUCUGUCUCCACCUUUCCCACUUUGUCUCACCGCUGUUUCGUCUUCCCACUGUUUCUAAUCUGUCUGAAUACAGCAGAAAUGUCCUAAAUAUAUAUAUAUUUUUUAAUAAAUAUAUAUUUUCCCGGUGGGAGUCAUAAAUUGAACAGCACAAUCACUGUUUAACGUUGUUCCGUUCUCUCCUAAAGGAAAUUAUCUUAACUAUACUAAAUUGACUGGAUAACUUCACCAACAACAAAAUGGGUAAUUUCCUGUAUAGUAUGUCUGCUUGAUUGUUUGUUUUCCAGGUCUUUAUGACCUUUUUAUUGAUGUGUUUUCCCUUAUCGUUUCUUCGCCUUUACCUAAUGUUUACUGCCUGUUGCUUUUUUCACUCAUAUUUUUUCCUAGUCCCUCUCUUCUUCCUCCCCCUCUCAGUACAUCCUGUGUUAUUGUUUGACCUCUGACCUUUCCCUGCUGUCUCUGUAGAGAGGAGUCCUUCUACUGCACUGUCCCCAUCACCCCUGUUAAGAGGGAGAUGGAGGGCCUUGACACCGUAGAGGAGGUGAGACGGGUUGCCAAGUGUGGUUAGACAAGCUGCCUGGGUUGCCAGUUUGGAGCCUAACCGGAGAUGCCCAUCGAGCCUAUGCUCUCACUGCAUGGCGUGGGUUGUGGUGUAAUUUCCCCCCAAAACCCACUAAGAUUUCAGACACCGUCUGCAGUGGUAGUGUAUAUGCUGACGUGACUUGAGGUUUGCGUAAUACCUUAAUGUAUGUUUCAUAGUAGACCGUUCCAGUUCUGUCUCCAUUGUAGCUGUACUACCACUCCUCUUGCCCACUCCUAGAGUGUAGCACUAACAUUUAAUCAUGCCCUGUGAGUGUCAUCAUCCCCCUAUCUCCACUGUAACAUGGUAUCUCCCUGGUU